AUGGAGCUCGGCGUCCGGAGGGGAGACCCCGUCCUCGUCCCUCCCGCAGGGGAGACCAAGAAGGGACUCUACUUCCUCUCCAACCUUGACCAGAACAUCGCCGUCGUCGUCCGCACCGUCUACUGCUUCGGGCCGGCAACUCCGCCAGUGGCGGCGGCGGCGGUGAUGAGGGAAGCUCUGGGGAGGGUGCUUGUCCACUACUACCCCCUGGCCGGGAGAGUGGUGCUGAGCUCGGAGGGGAAGCUGGCUGUGGACUGUACCGGUGAGGGCGCCGUCUUCGUCGAGGCCGACGCCGGUUGCGACCUGGCCGCGCUCGGGGACAUCUCCAGCACCGACACGGCGGCGCUGGGGACGCUCGUCUGCGACUUCCCCGGGACCGAGAACUUGCUGCAGAUCCCUCCCUUCGCCAUCCAGGUCAGUUGACUAUCCAUCUAUCUAUCUAUCUAUUAUCUUCGCCGCUUGACUUUCUAUUUACCCACAGGAGGGAUCUUUUGGCAUCGGCAGUUGACUUUCUAUUUAUCUUUGAAAGGUGACGCGUUUCAGAUGCGGCGGUUUCACCCUGGGGCUGUCCAUAAACCACUGCAUGUUCGACGGCGCCGCUGCCAUGGAGUUCAUCAACUCCUGGGCGGAGAUGGCCAGAGGCUCGCCCCUCUCCCUCCCUCCCUUCCUCCACCGCUCCCUCCUCGCCGCCCGUUCUCCGCCUCAGAUCCGUCACCCCCACCCAGAGUUCUCCGAGCUCCGCCACCCCCACCACCAUCGCCGCCGUGAAGAAGAGGAAGAACAACAACAAGAGGAGGAAGAAGAAAAAGAAGAGCUUCAGUACCGGUCCUUCUGCUUCUCGCCGGAGCAGCUGGAGGAGCUGAAGCGGACGGCGGCGGCGAAGGGGGAACUCACCGGCUGCACCUCCUUCGAGGCCCUCGCCGGACUGAUCUGGCGGACUCGAGCGGCGGCGCUGCGGCUGCCGCCGUCGCAGCCUACGAAGCUGCUCUUCGCCGUCGACGUGCGGCAGCGGGUGGCGCCGCCCCUGCCGCCGGGAUACUUCGGAAACGGCAUCGUGUUGACCUGCGCCGGCGGCGCUGCCGGGGAGCUGGUGGGGAGGCCUCUGGGGUUCGCCGUCGGGGAGGUGCAGAAGGCGAUAAGGAGGGUCGACGACGACUUCGUAAGGUCGGCUAUUGACUUCUUCGAGGUAACGAGGGCCAGGCCGUCGCUCGCCGCCACUUUCCUGGUGACCGCGUGGUCAAAGCUGCCCUUCGACGUGGCGGAUUUCGGAUGGGGCCCGCCACUGCAGGCCGGCCCCGCCGCGCUCCCAGAGAAGGAGGUGGCGCUCUUUCUCUCUCAUGGUAGAGAGAAGAAGAGCGUCAACGUCCUCCUGGGGCUGCCCGCCGUCGCCAUGGACACCUUCCAGCGACUGCUCGAGGCUCAGUGGCUGACGUAA